AUGUGGGUCCCAUGGGCAGAAAACGUUGCCAAAAAGAUUAGCGAAAUGAUAGAAAUGAGUGUUGAAAAUGAAAUUUACUUAGUACUCGGACUUGAAAUCGAAAAUAAGAUAGUCAGAUCCGGUCUUCUUGCUAUGUCUACGAUAGCAAAAAUCUCUGAUGCCAUAACCCGCUUACUGAUUAAACAUGGAAUUGAUUCAGAACGUGCUUUUAAGUGCGUCAAAACAGCUAUUCAGGAAUCUAGCAAAGCAAACGUUCAUACUACAAAAGAAGUUUGUGAUUUACGUUUGUUAUUUGGACAACUACGAGACAAUGGAAUAAAGAUUGCUAUUUGUACUUCAGAUAGUCGAAAAGAAACUUUGAAUGCAUUGCGAAAAUUAGAAAUUGAAAAUUAUGUCGAGAUGGUUGUAUGUGGCGACGAUGCUGGUGCCGUGCCAAAACCACAUCCUCAUAAUGCAUUAUCAAUAUGCCAGACCUUAGAUGUUGAUCCAAAGAUAAAUACCUUGGUGGUUGGAGAUACCUUAGCUGACUUGGGAAUGGGACGUUCAGCCAACCUUGGUGCCACUGUUGGCGUACUUUCAGGAGUAUGCGGCAGUGAUGAAUUGCGGCCACAAGCUGAUUACAUUAUUAAGGACGUAAGUGAACUUCUGCCUUUAGCUUUGGACAUGAAAGCACGGUCGUUAUCGUAA